AUGCAAUCCUCGCUGAAUAGUUGGCUGAAGAAGCCCAGCUCAGAUGCACAGUCUCUGCCCCUAAACGCACCUCCUCCGGUGUCAUCAAAGCCUUCUCGACCACCACCUCCCCCAAAGUCGGCCUCCGCUCCCACCCGCGUACCCCCUAACACGACGCCUACGGCCUCGGCAAUGGAGAACUGGAACGACAUACCCGACGACUUUCUACAGGCGCCGUCGAGGCCGAAAUCGAAAAAGAGCCCUCGGUCGUCUCGAGCCGUCACACCCGCCACUUCCAGAAUGCCUUCACCCCCGAACCUGGCAGUCCAGCAACCUGCUAUACCUCAGCUGUUCGCCUUGCGCCCUCUUCCACCAAACGUCCAGCUCGUGCCGCUCACCGAAGACCUCCUGCCCGCCUUCAAGCGCCUGCUCAACCUUACUCUACCUAUAUCAUAUCCCGACGCUUUCUUCAAGGAGACCAUGACGGAACCACAUCACAGCAUCACAUUGGCAGCAUUAUGGCACUCAUCACCGGGCAACGAUAGUUCCGCAUCGUCAUCGGAGAAGCCACACCUGGUUGGUGCUGUCAGGUGCCGCCUUCUUCCCUCCUCGCAACUAUACAUUUCCACCAUCGGCGUCCUCGCACCAUACCGUUCCCAUGGUAUUGCUAUGCACCUCCUACAAGCUAUAGUCAAGAAAGCGGUCGAUUUACACAAUGUACGAUCGGUCACAGCACAUGUGUGGGAGGCAAACGAGGAGGGUAUGGAGUGGUACAAAAAGCGCAAGUUUGAAAUACUAGAGAAAGAUGAAGGGUACUACAGGAAGCUAAGGCCACAGGGUGCUUUCCUUGUAAGAAAAUGGAUUGGUGUGGGAGACCUUUUAGCCAACGAUACUGUGCCGGGAAGUGGGAUAAAUGGCGUGUGA